CACACCGUCAUUUGGUUCAUUCGUUCCUUUGAACCGAUUCCGAAUUCUGAUAUAAUUCUAUUCUACACGUUUUUAUCAUCCCAUCCAAUUGUGAUGUCAAUUCGUUUAAUUUAUGCAUUUCCUACAUUUUCUAAACAUUGUGCUUCCAGCUAAAUACGCAUAUGGCUAUUACAGAUUAAAAGUAUAACUACACAAAAUAGUGCAACAAAGUCAAUUUGAUGCACACUUGAGAGGCAAGGCAAGCAGAACAAGGGGAGAGUGAAAUACUCGCAAACACACACAGAAGCCAACAAACAAACACACACAUCUAGUAUACAAAACAAAUACAGAAUGUUGCGCAAUACACCUUUUGCCGGCACGCCCACCUAUAAACUGCUGUUGGGCUUCGGUCUCUGUUCACUGGGCAGCGCCAUGCUCUAUGCAUACUUCAAGUCCCGCAAUGAUGACACGCCCGAAGAGCAGGGGGAGGGAGCCAAUAACAGCAAACAGCAGAAUCAGCAACAACAACAGAAACAACAAAAGGAAAUCUGUCUCAAAAUCGUUCUGGACAAUGACCAUGUGCCGUUGAUAAUCGGACGCGGCGGUGCCAACAUUAAGCUAAUUGAAGAAAAGACCGGGGCAAAGAUAAGAUUACGCGACAAAGACAGUUCUCACAAAUUCUGCGACAUCAACGGACUGCCCGAUGCGGUGAAAGCGGCCCGUGGGCUGCUCAUCCGGGAGAUUGAGCGUGCACCGAUUGUCAAGGUGGAGCUGCAGGUGACGCAGCGACUGGCCAACAAGAUCUACAAACGCGGCGGCGAAAUAAUUCAGGACAUUAGUCGUGCCUCGCUGGCGAAGCUCAGCGUUGAUCCGAAUGGACGCAAUGGCAAAGCCAAGAUCAGCAUCGUUGGCAACCAGAAGCAGGUGAACAUUGCACGCAAGUUGCUUGAGGACCAGAUCGAGGAGGAGGAAGAGUUGCGUCGUGCCGUCGACGAGGUGGAGCAGCUGCGCGAGCCGCGUCGCUCACCCAGCUACAGUCUCAACUCGAGCAUGUACUCUUCGCAGACGUCGCUCAGCUCGCAACCACCGCGGGACAAACUAAUGGCAGCACGCGGCGACGACAAGCCGAUGGAGGUGUAUGUCUCGGCGGUUGCCUCGCCCACCAAAUUCUGGGUGCAGCUGGUGGGGCCGCAGUCCAAGAAACUGGACGACAUGGUCAAGGAGAUGACCAGUUAUUAUAGCAGCGCCGAUAAUCGGGCAGCGCAUCAGCUGACAGAGCCCUAUGUGGGUCAGAUUGUGGCUGCCGUCUUCAAAUUCGAUGAGAAAUGGUAUCGUGCCGAAAUUGUCGACAUUAUGCCCAAUCAGUACAAUCCCAAUGAGCUGGUCAUCGAUCUGUACUUUGUGGACUAUGGGGACAGCGAGUACAUCUCACCAGCGGACAUUUGCGAACUGCGCACCGAUUUCCUCACUCUGAGAUUCCAAGCAGUUGAAUGCUUCUUGGCGAACGUCAAGUCAACUAUUACAGAUGAGCCCACGACUUGGACUAAAUCAUCCAUAUGCAAAUUCGAGGAACUCACAGAGGUUGCCCAUUGGCGCAAGCUAAUCGCUCGUGUUGUGACCUACAAGGAGCGCCCAAAGGUGGCGAGUGGGGUGAAUGCUGCCACACGCGAUGGCACCCCGCUGCCCGGCGUCGAACUGUUCGAUCCAACCGAGGGCGUUGAGGUGAACAUCGGUGAUCUUCUGAUAACACACGGCUUUGCCCAGCCCCUGGAUGCAGCGUAUCCGGUGCGUUCGCGCUCCACAUCACCGUCAACGCAAAGCGACUCAACGAUUGAGGAGCUGUGCGCCACAAAUACGCCCCGAACACCGCUUACCCCAGUUUCGCCCAUGUCGCUGUCGCUUACGAAUGAGGGGGAAAGUGCGGAGGAUGCUCACUUUGCCAACCAGCUCCAGCAUCUUGGCCAUAAACUCAACAAUGGCAAUGACUUAACUCACAUAAACCCCGUCAAGCUGACCACAGACGACUUGCAAAAUAGAAAUGUGCAAAUGCAACCGAGCAACAACAAGAACAACAAAACACACGCUGACGUCACUCGCUAGAGUUUUACUACUCCCAUUUCUCACAUUUAGUAAUGUAAUCUUAGCUCUCGACUUACGAUUUAAUUUGUCUGUAUUUUUGUUUUUCAUCGGACACAAACUGCACAGGCAGCUCACUUCUUGUGGUGUAUAUACUAUAUAAAAAAGGCAAACAAUACAUAGUUUAUAAGUUAACAUACUUUAAGGUAUUGAACAAAUUUGUUUAAUUUAUCAACUAUAAUUUGGCUGUUUAACUACAAACAUAUCAUGCGAGAUACAUGAAAAAAAUCGAAGAAAUACCAAGACAAUUGUUAAAUUAAUGCAAAAGCAAGAAACUAUAUUUUUAUUGUUUAUUUACGAGAUAUGCCAUGUUACUUAAGCUGAAAUUAAACUUAAACCCAGACAACUGGCGAAAUUAAAUUGUAAGAAAUUGAAA